CUUUUUAAUUCGGUUCGUUUUGUUUGGUAUUUUGUGUGUUUUGCAAAACGAUAAAAUUAUUUUUUAUUAUGAAUAAUCAUCAUUAUAAACAAAAUUGGUUAAUGUUCGUUGUUAUUGUUGCAUUGGUAUGGAUGGUCAAUGGUGAUAAAUCAUUCAUAAUGGGUGGUGUACGAUAUCCGUAUAAAUCGGUUUAUGGUCUACCGAAAUCAUUACAAUGUAGUGAUACAAUUCAACAUCAAUUCAAUGAAUGUGAAAAAUCAUCACAUCGUGAAUGGAAUGUUAAGACUGACGGAUAUUUCUAUGAAACAAAACGAUUUUGUUGUUUCGUUUGGCAAGCGAUGGAUUGUGAAAUUGAAACAGCGGCAAAAUGUAACCAGAAUUAUUCGCAACAGAUCGAAACAAACACACGACAAUUAUAUACAUCCGUAUGCGAUAAAAUCAGUUCAACGCAACAAAGUUGGAAAUGUUGGUGGACAGAUGAAAAAAUAAUCAUUGCCGGUGUGGUCGCCACACUUAUAACUGUGGCUCUUAUUGCUUACGGUGCAUUCCUUGGAUGUCGAAAAUAUCGUGCCAAAAAAAUUGAAUUAGCAUCAAGUUCAAAAAUUAUUGCUUUCGAAGAUUUGGAAUGGUAUCCAGAACCAUCAUAUAUAGAAAUAAAGGUUGAACCAUUACAAUCAUCUAAACCAAUACAAUCAUCGAAACCAAUAGAAAAUGUUGAAAAACAAGGCAAAUUUAAAAAAUGGUUUGGAAACAUUUUCACAUCAUCAUCAUCAUCAUCCAAACCAAAUAAAAAUGAAAAAUUAACAACUAAAGAUAUUGGUCAAUCAAAAGAUUCAAGAAGAAUUUCAUCAACAACAACUACAAAUGUCGAUCAUAUUGAUGAUAAACCAAUUGAAUUAAGUGAAUGGAAUCCACAGACACCUAAAAAAAUACAAGUUCGACAUGUUGGUGAUCCAAGUGAUUAUGGAAUUCCUAAAGUAAAUGUAAUAGAACCAGAAGAAUUACGAAAAGAACAAUUACAAAUACUACAACAACAAAUACAACAACAACAACAAAUACAAGAACGACAACAAAUCGAAGAAAUACGACGAUUACAACGACAACGACCAAAUCGACCAAGAUUACAACCAAGAGAAGAAUAUGAACAAAAUCAACAACGAUUAAGACAACAACAAUUACAACAACAACAGCAACAGCACAAAGUACAGCAACAACAACAACAAGAAUUUCAACAACAACGACGGCAACAACAAAUACGAAGACAACAACGGCAACGACAACAACAAGAAGGGCAACAGGCAUCAUCUUCUGCCCAACAACAACAACAGCAACCGGCAUCAUCUUCAGCGCAACAAAGAGAAGAAGGAUCAUCAUCAUCUGAUUCCGAAUCCUCAUCAGCAAAUACAUGGAUGACCAAUGGUGAUAAAUCAUUCAUAAUGCGUGGUUUUGUAGGUAAAACUGAAUGGGAUACGGUACGAUAUCCGUAUAAAUCGGUUUAUGGCUUACCGAAAUCAUUACAAUGUAGUGAUACAAUUCAACAUCAAUUCAAUGAAUGUGAAAAAUCAUCACAUCGAAAAUGGAAAGUUACGAUUGACGAAUAUUUCUAUGAAACGAAACAAUUUUGCUGCUUCGUUUGGCAAGCGAUGGCUUGUGAAAUAGAAAAAGCGGCAAAAUGUAACCAGAAUUAUUCGCAACAGAUCGAAACAAAAACACGACAAUUGUUUACAUCAGUAUGCGAUAAAAUCAGUUCAUCGCAACGAAGUUGGAACUGUUUUUGGACAGAAGAAAUGAUAAUCAUUGCCGGUGUGGUUGCCACAGUUAUUACUAUUCUUCUGAUUGCUAUCAGUGCAUACAUUGGAUGUCGACAAUAUCGUGCCAAAAAACAGAAUCUAAUUAUCUAA